AUGGGAAAUCUGCCAGAGUGCCGAGUUGUCCCGUCGGCACCGUUCAAGUCUACCGGAGUAGACUUCGCUGGACCGGUGUACAUCAAGUACGGAAUUCGGCGUCCCGCCGUUGUGAAGGCCUACAUCUCCGUGUUCAUCUGUAUGACGACGAGGGCCAUCCACCUAGAGCUGGUUUCCGACCUGACCUCGGAGGCCUUUCUGGCCGCACUUCGUCGCUUCACGAGCCGCAGAGGAUACCCCUGCCGAAUGCUGUCCGACAACGGUCUGAAUUUCGUUGGCGCUAACAAGGACUUGAAGGAACUGGUGCGGCUCUUCAAGGAGAAACAAACGCUGAAAGAGAUAAAUGAGUUCUGCCACGAGAAAUCGAAUGGAACUUCAUUCCGCCAAGAGCCCCAAACUUUGACGCCACUCAGCUUCGAAGAAUACGCCACCGUCUUGACGCAGGUGGAGGCGAUCUUAAACUCUCGGCCGCUUUUCGCUCACAGCAGUGACCCAACGGAACCGACUGCCAUAACCCCCGGCCAUUUCCUCAUCGGCAGAGAGCUGACUGCAGUCCCGGAGCCAAUGCACGACGACAAUCGAAACUUGAGGUGCCGCUGGAAGCACCUACAGGCCAUGCGAGACCACUUCUGGAAGCGUUGGUCCACCGAGUACCUCACCCAGCUGCAGAAUCGAGCGAAGUGGUCCACCCGGACCCCGAACGUGAAGGAAGGCAUGGUCGUUCUCUUGCGGGAGGACAAUUUGCCGCCACAAACCUGGAAGCUCGCCGUGAUCAUCAAAACUCACCCAGGGGAGGACGGAGCAGUGAGGGUUGUGGACUUGAAGGCUGCAGAUUCAAGCUUCCGGCGCCCCAUCUCGAAGAUUUCUCCGCUUCCGAUCGAGUCUAGAGUUGCCGCUUCGCCGGCGGGAGGAUUGUCCAGCCCCAAGCCUGCUACGAUCGCCCAGCCAAACCCAUCGACGAACCCCUCGAGAAACGCGCGCCGUUAG